UGUUCUGUUAUACCUGUUUGGCAAGUUAAUUUCAAAGAAAACUUGACGAUAGAAAGUGCAAGUGGAAGCGUAGGUGCAUUUGUUUGUUGCUACCUGCUGCUGACAAGAAGGGAAAGAGAUGCUUCGCUGGUUUGUCCUCGUGUUGUCCAUCAGCAUCUGUGCUGCUGCCGAAGAUCCGAAGAAGAGAGUGAAUCUUCAGACCUUGGCAAAAGGAUGGGGAAUUGGUAUUACCUGGGUCCAAAGUUAUGAGAAUGGACUAUCGGACAUGGUCAAGAGUCAGAAACCUCUGAUGGUCAUUCAUCAUCAAGACAACUGCCCAUACAGUCAAGCACUAAAGACCGCGUUUGGUGCUGAUAGGACCAUCCAGAAAAUGGCCAAAGAGGACUUCAUCAUGCUCAACGUGGUGGAGGAGACUCAGGAUCCGAAUCUGGCACCUGAUGGCUAUUAUGUUCCCAGAAUCCUCUUCGUUGAUCCAUCGAUGACUGUGCGUACAGACAUUACUGGAAAGUACCAGAACCGCCUCUACGCCUACGAACCGGCUGACAUGGAGCAGUUGGCUUUAAACAUGAUGAGAGCCAAGGUGUUGCUACACCCUGAACUCUGAUGAGGCUCUGCAUCUCCACGUUGCAGCUUCUCAGAUCUCUGCUCUGAAGUUCUCUACUGCUCUUUAAUAAAACUAAAAUUAAAGAGAAAA